AUGUGGCACGUGGUGAUCAGGGCCACCCGCUUGACUCAGCCGGGCCCCGAGACCCAAGUGCGGCACAUUAAGCGGGUGGUGGUGCACAAACACUACCCUGGAGGAUCAGCUGAUGUCCUGCAGGAGGCCAAGGUCCGCCUCAUCGAUGUCAAGCUCUGUAACAGCAGCCGGGGCUACAGAGGGGUCAUCCACAGCCACAACUUGCGUGCUGGCUAUCCGCAGGGCGGCAUCGACACCUGCCAAGGUGACAGUGGUGGUACUCUCAUUGGAGACGCCACCUACGACUACUACUGGCUCACUGGAGUGACCAGCUGGGGGAAAGGCUGUGCGAGACCAAACCAGCCCGGAGUCUACACCUCCACCCAGCACUUUUACAACUGGAUCCUGCUACUGGAUCCAGUCCUGCGCUGGACUGCACCCAGCUCCAGCAUCGCAGGCGUGGAGUCAUUUUCUCACUGCCUCAGCCCCCUUUCAGAGGCCAAGACCAACACCAACACAAUAAGGCAGGGUUAG